AUGCGUUUCGUGUCCUCGCUUCUGCCACUUGCCGUGAGCUAUUGUUACUGGCCCACCCAGGUUACUGCGUUUACCAACCCCAUCAAGACGGGGAGUGAUCCCCAGAUGGUUUACCACGAUGGAAUGUACUACCUGACCGCUACAACAUGGACCGACGUCCAAAUCACGGCCGCCUCUACCAUCGAAGGCCUCAAGAACGCCACUGCAAAAGUCAUCUGGUCGGACCGAACAUCCAACCCGAACCGGGCCUGCAACUUUUGGGCCCCUGAGAUGCACAAGCUCGACGGCCGCUGGCAUCUCUUCUUCUCGGCCAGCGUGUGCGACCCGGACUGGGGCGUCGUCCUGCCCACCCUUAGGGUCUACACUCUGGCCGGCGGCGCCGAGAAUCCGCUCUCUGCCGACUAUGAGCUCCUGGGGCCGAUUACGCCUCCUAAUUUCACCGACGGCAUGCUUGAUGCGACACUGUUUGACAUCAACAACACGACUUAUUUUAUUUAUUCCUCCGUUUCUGGCCCCCAAAGUCCAGCCGGCGCCUCCCUUUGGAUCGCCAAGCUCCUCUCGCCCACGACGUGCUCCAACGCCACCAUGAUCGCAGCCCCCGAGUUCGACUGGGAAAAGUCGGCCUCUGCGGUGCUGGAAGGCCCGUACGGCCUCGUGUCGCCCUCGGGCACCAACUACGUCGUCUACUCGGCCGACUCGUGCAACACCCCCGCCUACAAGCUCGGUGCGCUCCGCUACGACCCCUCGACCGGCGGCGACGACCCGACGAACCCCAGGUCGUGGAGCAAGCUGCCCGACCCCAUCUUCACCACGGGCAACGGCCUCUACGGCCCCGCCCACAACGCCUUCUUCAAGAGCCCCGACGGGACGCAGGAUUGGCAGGUCUUCCACGCCAACCUGAACGAGAAGGACGGGUGCGGCACCACGCGCAAGACUUUUAUCCAGCCCAUCUCGUGGAGGAAUGACACGCCGGACCUGGGUGAACCCUUGGCUGUCGGCACUGAGAUUGCGCCUCCUUCGGGCGAGGGGUUGGUGAACUGA